AUGUCCUCUCAUUGUGGGGUGGACCUGAGGGAGGCACCAGACGGCCCCUCGCGGCCCUCCUGUGCCCAUGUGGAGGCGAUGUUGCUGGGAAGACCCCCCGCGGUGGCCCCCGUGCUCGGGCACCGGGCGGCCUGGACGGCCCCGGGCCUGGGCUCGGGCCUGGGUCUGAGCGGCUGGUGGAGGCUUGGUCUGUGGAUGAUCCUGCUGGCUACUCUCCCCAUUCAGACUGGCACGGCCCGCGUGUCCUCCAGCCUCAGCACCACCCACCACGUCCACCACUUCCACAACAAGCACGGCACUGUGCCCAUCGCCAUCAACCGGAUGCCCUUCCUCACCAGAGGAGGCCAUGGGAACUUUGAUAAUGAGCGCCUGGCUAUUGCUAGACAAAGAAUCCCAUACAGACUUGGUCGUGUAGUUGACGAAUGGCUACUUGAUAAAGGAAGGCAGCUGACCAUAUUCAACAGCCAGGCGGCCAUUAAGGUGGGCGGUCAGGACAAAGGCCGCCCUUUCCAGGGCCAGAUCUCCGGCCUGUACUACGACGGGCUGCAGGUGCUGAAGCUGGCCGCCGAGGGGGACCCCAGCGUCCAGGCCGAGGGGAACCUGCGCCUGGUGGGCGACUCCCUCUCCGUCCUGACCACGGAGACCACCUCCACCACGCCCCUGGCCGCCUCCGACAUGUCCACCACCAUCAUGGAGACGACCACCACCCUGGCCACCACCACCACUCGCAGGCAGCGCUCGCCCAGUCUCCGGGAGAGCAUCUCCCAGUCCCAGAAUUCCGAUGACCUUUUGGUGGCAUCUGCAGAGUGUCCCAGUGAUGACGAGGACCUGGAGGAGUGUGAGCCUGGGACAGGAGGUGAAUUAGUGUUGCCUAUAAUAACAGUGGAUUCCCUAGAGCCCCCCUCCAUCGCCACCCGUUACCCUGCCAUCCCUCCUCCCACCCUCCUGUCCCCUCUCGAGACCACCAAAGAGUCCCUGCUUCUCUCCAACCCCCACCCCCCCUGCCCUCCGGACCAGGAGGACUGUGGCGACCCUGUGGAGGUCUCGGCCUUCGGUUCAGGGGAGAUGACGGAAUCCGAUGACGAGGACUUUUACAAAAAUUCCCCCAUGGUCACUGACAGGACAGUCCUUCCUCCUCCCCCCGCAGCGGGAGAGGGCGGGGCCCACAAACCCCACAAGCCCCGUCCCCUCCCGCCUGCUGCUCCCACGUCCAAUCCCGACCAGCUCCACAUCCCCGCGGGCAAAAUGAACACCCGUGACCAGGUGCUUCUGCCCCCCGCCCCUCCGUCCUCACGGAACACCCCGGGACUAACCUACCCACCCAAUUUCCCCCAUGUGCCCACAGCCGAGCCUACAGCCCACGGGGAGAAGGGUCACCACCCUGGGGCCGUGGAGGUGAUCCGAGAGUCGAGCAGCACCACGGGCAUGGUGGUCGGCAUCGUAGCGGCCGCCGCCCUCUGCAUCCUCAUCCUGCUCUACGCCAUGUACAAGUACCGCAACCGCGACGAGGCCUCCUACCAGGCCGACCAGGGGCACAACUUCAUCAACAACCCCGCCGCCGAGGGCAACGGGGCCGUCGUCAAGGACAAGGCGCCGUCGUCGGGCGCCCCGACGGCCGCCGUGGCGAAGAGCGGCACCAAGGGGAAGAAGAACAAAGACAAGGAGUACUACGUCUAGGAGAGCGAAGAGGGAGGGAGAGAGAGAGAGAGAGAGAGAGAGAGAGAGAGAGAGAGAGAGAGAGAGAGAGAGAGAGAGAGAGAGAGAGAGAGAGAGAGAGAGAGAGAGAGAGAGAGAGAGAGAGAGAGAGAGAGAGAGAGACGGCCAGACCCUGAAGAGAACACGACCGGAGAGAAGACAGGGGACUUUUUUCCAAUUGAUUUCUUCUCUUUAUGUUCAACAUUCACCGCCCAACGAAUCUCUGAAACCAUAUCACUUGUGUAUUUCUUCAAAGCCCCCCCCCACCCCUUUUAGAAAUCAAAUCUUCACCUGGCUCAUCUCAAUAAAAUAGCCCAAUUGACAAACAAAACCAUUUCUAGGCUAGUAGUCUAGGCUGUAAUUUCAUGACCAAUGUUGUAUUUGUAUAUAGUAUCCUUAUUAGAGUAUUAACAUGGCUGUCUAAACAGAGAACUGGGAACACUGUACUAUAAGAACAGGUUUGCAUGGGUGUCACUUCUUCAUGCUCUUUCUCACUCAAACCUUCUCCUCGGGAUGAUUCAAGAGGCAGGGUGGAUACUGAAUAUUCAUUCUGGUAGUAAAGCUGCAGGCAACCGCGUAAAUCUAAUUCAAUUCAAAGAAAGCCAUAAUCAUAAUCCUUACUCUGAGAUUUCAAUCAUUUUUGAACCCACCAUCUUUGCAUUCCAUCCUAUUUUGUGUUAACCAAACUAGACAUUCCUCUCAAGACGGUGAUUAUCCCUGGUGGUGUGUGACUGGUGCAAAACCACAAACCAUGUUCUAAGCAUGAUGCAUUUCAGUUUGAGAUUGAAGAUAUAGGUUUUCCAAAUGCAAGCACAAUUGAACCACUUGCGUAUGCCAAUACUUCUUUUCUUUUUCGGUGCGGGAUAUCAAGAAUCAACGUGCCAUUCCAUCCGGGAGGAUGUUCUAACAGUAAUCUUCAAAAAAACAACAUGCUCAAGUAGCAAAGACAUUGCUCUGUAAACAUUGUUUGUAUGUAUGUAUAGACGUGUUUGGUUUCGAUAGGCAUUGCGUGUUUGGUUUUUCUGAGUGUGCAGGGCAGACAGGUUUCAAAACAGACUUGUUGUGAAAAAAAAGACUUCUGCCCACACAAUCUUCACUGUCGAGAAAACACUGCAGCCACAGAUCCACUCUUAAGUGAGAAUAGAGACACUUGCCGAUUUAUCAAAGGGAUUUUCGGGACACAGUCAGUUUCAAAGAACUUUCGCCGGUGGUUCCCGAGGAGGGAAGUACACAACCAACUUUGUGUCAAGAGGCUGGCUCUCUUUAUUUCCUCCCUCGAAAAUAUCAUCAAAAACUGAAGAGGCACAAACAGUAUCCAAAUAUCCUCAAAGGAUGGACAUCUUUGUUUCCUUUCAGAGCAAGUCGAAAAUGUAUUCCAGUUUUUUCUACCCAUUAAAAGAUUCUGUGAGAUGAAUUAUUGAAAGUUUGUGAAUUGUAUUGAUAUUUCUCAGAUAUUUCGGUGUAUAUCUUGUUGCCAUUCCUGCUGAAAUAUGUACGUUUAUUUUGCCAUCCAAUCAGAAGCAGCUCAAAGGGGACUCAUCUCUCUUCGCCUGAGACGUCCUGUCCCAACUUUCAUCGUCACUAUUUUAAUUUUGUUCUUGUUUAUACUAGGGCAGGUUGGUGAUUGUAUGUAAAAUGAUUCAGAUUAAACACUCUUUCGUUCAGUCUCUCAUCUUCCGUGCAACAUGUCUAUGCGUGUCUGCUCUCGCUGUGUCGCUCCUCACCACAGAAUAACUGCUUCUGUUAACGUUUGACAUUUACGUGAUUUUUCCCUCAUUUCUUUGGAUAAAGUGCCAUUUUAACAUAAGACUGCUCAGACUAUAUCCCUGUCUUCACUCAUUGAUAUUGUAAAGUGUUCCUGUGAAAUGACUCUUACUAUGUGUACAGAACAUGGACAAAAAGGGGGAAAUACACUUGGUUAUAUACUUUGUA